AUGCCGGGUUUCCAGAGCCCGUUCAAACGAACCGAUACCGACACAUCGGAUCCACCUCGCGCUGACGACGCACCCGCGUCGACCGCGUCGCCCGCGGCGUCGAAAAGCGAAACCACGCACUCUGGGAGCGAUUCCGGACCGAAACGCAAACGCGACGAAACGAGGACGGCACCGCGCGAUGCGACGCCGACGGGCGCUCGAAAAGGCGCGGAAGCGCUGAUGGAUAUUUCUUUGAGCGAAGUUUCUAUAGGCGCGGGGCUGGAGCGGCGCGAGAGCGACGGAGCGGGUGCGGAGGAUGGUGGCGUCUCGGAGACAACGAAGACGCGCGGCGCGGCGAGAUCGGAGACGCCGGAGCGCGACGCGAUGGAUGAUGUCUGGACGACGUUUCAUGAUUCUUUGAAGCGCGCGGAAUUGGCGAAGAGAAUAUCGAGCGAGGAUGAGAUGACGAAUACGGUGAGUGAGGUGCGGCGGGUGAGUGAGCGAUUGCGAGAUUUGUGGUCGACGAAUGCGACGAAGGCGAGCGAUUUAGCGAGGCACAUGUCGCAACGAUGCUGGAAUUUCGCAAUCGAGAAAACGGCGUUGGAGACGACGGCGGAAAGCGGGAUUGUGAAGAAGGAAAUGAUUGGUCCGUUGCUUGAUUUGAGGUACUUCGCGUGUGAGUUGCUGGACGCCGCGUUGGGAUUUGCGGAUGGCUUCGCUGUGAGCGCUGGGGCGCCUGAAAUUUCGAGUCUCGCUGUCGGCAUUUCAAAUCACUUGACGCUCGCAAAGUUGCUGCACGAUGCGGGUGAGUUCAAGGCGGCGGAAGAGCAGUUCGUGAUCGGUGAAUCAUACGGUAAUUCGUUCUUGAACCGAAAUGGCGAAUUCGACGCCGAGACAAUGUUACAGACGAUUGAAGCCGCCACGUCACGCGCAAAGAACUGUUUUUAUCUCGGCAACGUCGCCGGUGCUCGGGACUUUUUUCAAGACGCCAAAUCGCUUUCUGAAAGCGAAAAGAAUAAAGGAAAUGAGACUAUGUGCGUAACGACAUUGAUCAGCGCGAAGAUAAACUUGGCUGAGAAUUUCGUGGUUUCAGAAAAGCUUCAAUCAGCAGAUGACGAAGCCGUGUUCGACAGAAAAGUUGGUUUCCUCGUCAAAGAGCUAAUCGCAGCAUACUACGACUUGUUCACGAUCACUCCGAAUUCUUGGUCGACGUCUUCCCAUCAAGAUAACGCGGCGCACUUUGAUUUAGAUGAGAAACUCGUGUGCGAGGACCACCGCCUGGUUCGCGCCGAUGGUUUGUACAUUCGCAUCUUGCAUAACCUUGCCAGACUAUUCAUUCACGGAAGAAGGUACAACGAGGCUCUUAAAGUGUUGGAUAAAAUGAAAAUAAUCAAGUCUUACGCGAAAAAGUGUGAAAAUAGUGAUAACGUCUUGGCUCGCGAUUUGCAGGCGUUAACCGAAUCGUUUCUCAUGGACAACAUGCUGAUUGAAGCGUUCUCAGGGAGUGGUGAGAUUUCGAAAGCGUGCAGCAUACUCGAAAAUGUACUCAACGAUGAAAACUCUGUUGUGAAUGUCCUCCAUACGUGCUGUGUCAAUCUGGCGAAGAGCGAAUGCGGCGCUGGCGCCGUUGCGUCGUGCAUCGCUCCGCUCGCCAAACGACUGAGCGGCUGUCCAAAGGCGAGACGACAAGAAAUGAUUACUGAUAUCUUUGAAGCUCUACUGGAUACGACGCUCACUGUAGAUGAACAAGUAGCAAACGAUGUUCUGUCUUAUAUGGAUCGACUUCUUACAGAUACCGAUAGUUUCAAGGAAAUCGGUUUUUCUCGCGACGGGCAAUCUCGUGCAUACGCCAUCAUCUGGAACGCUGCAUCUGACAUGUACAUGCAAAAUAAGUACUCACUGGCACGAAAACUGUUUGGUAUGACGCUCCCAUUAUCGUCACAAAGAAAGUCGAAGACCGUGAGCAACGCAGCGGUACCGGUUAUCCGGCUGCAAGUGAUGUGCGAUCUCGAGAAUGGCGAUAUCGAACAAGCAAAGGAGUCGCUGCGAAGUUUGCUGGCGGACAAGACCGCGACGGAUGUGUCCACAACAUUGUUGAACGUAAAGUUUCAGCUCAUUUCUGACGACGUCUCGGGCCUGGGAGAAUCGAUUCGAACGUUUGCAAAGGCAGGUGAAUCUGAUGCGUUGUUAUACGUUGCGGGAGAACUCGAUGGCUCAAAGCACCACGCCACGGCCGCAGACGCUUUUCGUAGCCUUUACGAUAUGAUUUUGAACAAUAUGGGUACCGAUAAUAUGAUGAAGCAAGAGACUUUUAUAUUUUGCAGUUAUCUGCGACACGUAAAAAUGGCCAAAAUGGGUGACUUUGACUCGAAGACGUUUUCUGAAUCAGCCGAGUUGUUCAGCGAGUUCAUGAAGCGAGCGUCGAAUUUGAAUCUUCUCACAGAUGUUCGACAGGCACGGUAUCUCGCCGACUUUUCGUGGAAUACUGGCCUCGACGCGUACGAAAAGUCGUCAGAAACAGAAGCGGCCUAUCAGUUUAUGUUUUUAUGUGCGCUUGUGAUUUCCAAAUUAAACAAGAUUCCAGAAGGUUUGGAUGCAGACGAUCGUGCAGAGUAUGGCUAUCGACAAGCAGUCGCGCUUCUGUUGUCCAUCGCAUCGCUCACCAGCUAUAACCCAGCUACUGAUGUAGGAGACGAACAAUCUCGGAAAGAACGCGAAGCGAAGAAUAUCGCCCGCUCAAAGGGUGCGAUGGCCAAUCUCCACAGCUUGUUGAAAAACGCUGAAGAGGAAAGGUACGAAGAGUUGCGAAAGGUUGCGAGUGUCCUUGAAUAUGAAAUCGCUUGCGCCCAGCGUGACGUCGCGUUGCAAGGCAAAAUAAUCGAAAUAUUAUCGACAAAGACGUUGGAUGACGAAGCUUCAAUAAACACGCUCUUGAUGAUUGCCGACCGCGGCGCGGCGAUGAGAACGUCUGAUUUGGUCACCGUUUCGAGAGCAUAUGAAGCGGUUGGGAAAGCUAUGAAGAAGUAUUUGAUUCAAGACGUUGCUCUCAUCGCGCGAUUAAUGCGUAAACAAAUUCAACUCGCUUCGCGAGUGUACAAAAGCAAAGACGACGUGAUUCACUCGCUUUACGACUCGGCCGAAGAGUUCCUCGCACUGCAUCCUUCAUAUCCCCCAGUGGAAGCGCAGUGGUUGCUCUCAACUUGUUUCAACCGUGCCGUUCGACAUGAGAGAUCGAUGCGAACGAAGGAAGCAAUCGACUGGCUCAAACAAACGCAAAAGCUCAUUUCAGCGCUCGAAGAGAUUUUGCCAGAUGCCGUCGAAACGUACUCAUCCAUCAUAAACGACAACCUCGCCGUGUUGACUGUUGAAUUGGACGCAGCGUAG